AAAUCGAAUGACACAACGCAACAGACAUGGUAUUGCACAAACAAAUCGGUGGCUACACUGGUAUUUACGUAGCAGCAGGCACAGUGUGUGAAUGUGUUUAGAAUUGUGAUUGUUUUAUGUGAAUGUGGCGGAUUAAUAUUGCGUUUAUUAUUGUUGUUGACUAUAUAUCGUCGUUGUCGUCUUCGUCGGGUGCUGUCGUAUUGUAAAUCGGUGAAAUGUCCGAGAAAAGUAGAUUCAUCACGAAUAUUUAUUAAUAAUUGUCGGCAUCGCUCGUCUAAAGUGGUUAGAAUUUUUCUCUGGUGCUACGUGUUGUCGUGACACAUUAAAAAGUCGUGUGUAUUGUGUGAGUGGUUUAAAAUUUGAUUUUGAAAAUUAGUGCGUGUAAACGCCUACCUUUCGCUCUCAACCAAUUUUCAUCUCAUCGCCAGACGGGAGUUGUUUUUUGAACGAGAUUUGUGAACGAAUUCAUGUAACGCAGCACUAUCAGAUUUGUGAAUGUUCCAUUAGCAGUUGGACCGUAAAUAAUACUCUGUGGCGCAUAGCAUUUAAUUGAAAUAAAACAAAAGACGUCGAGAGAGCAAAUUUGUAAAUAAACCCACCAUUUGUGUACAUAUAUUGUUUGAAAAGAAACAAAAUUGUAAACACUCUCUAUCUCAUUGUGGUGUUAAUUGGAGUGUAGCGAAUUUUGAAAAGAAACCCAUAAGACGUACAUCUGCGAAAGGGAAAAAGCAAUACGAUUUAACGAAACUGGUUCAAGACACAUCGACGUCUCUACUGAAUAAUUAAAGGGGCCGCAGUUUUAAUUGUUAUAUGUCAACAGCCACAGCAACAACAACGACAAAAAUGUCAUCACCACCACAAACAUCGCCAACUACACCGCAGGUCCGAACUACAACCACCGAACAAACUGGUAUCCACUACAGUACCAUCUAUCUACACACGGUUCCCGGUACUUUGAAAGUUGUGUGCAUGGCUUUCGUGCUAAUCGGUUUCAUAUUGAUACAAUGUAGUGAUCACAGUGGCGUUACAACGGCUCAAUUCUUCAGUACCAUUGCAAUGAUUGGAUUUUGGUUUACCGGCAUUUUGCUCGUAUUGUAUCUGUUCCACGCGAUUUACGUACUCCACAAAAUCCCAUGGAUCAAAAUUGAAUUCUAUUUCUGCGCAGCCGAAACUGUGCUUCUUAUGCUUUCUUCUGCGUUUAUUGCCGCCAAAGGAGUUGGUCUCUUUACCGCAGCAGCUUUCUUUGGAUUUGUAGCAAUGUGUGCGUAUGGCUAUGAUGCAUUCUUGAAAUACCGACAAUACAAUGUUGUUGUAACAAAUGUCGUUACACGAACAACUACAGUAACAGUGGCAUAAUGUGGAUUAUUUUUCUCUCUAUCCACGUCUUUGCAACUGUCGCACAAGUGAAUGCAAGCAGUGUUGCAUCGUUGCUGAACUGCGUGAAAUCAUACCAAAAAUCUUAGGAAGUUUCAACGAGAAUUUCACACAAUUAAUUCUUUUCUCUCUCUCUCUCUGUAUUUUGAUCCUAAUAAUUUUAAGUUUAAUCUUAUGAGUGUUUGUAAUCACCGAAGGCAAUUUAUAUUCGCAUUUAAUUUGCAUCACGUUCAUUGUUCAAAUUUAAUUGAAUUUAUUCAUCGUCGUCGUCGUCUUUGAUAGUACGUCAAAAUUACGAAAUUGUAGAGAAAAAAAACUGUUUUCGGUUGCAGUCAAAAGAGAAGAGCGCGAUUAUUAUUCAAGCCGAAUAUAUUCAUAUGUGAAUUUUAAAAAGCAAUAUAAUUUAAUGGUGUGUGUUUAUCGCGCCUAUUAACGCUCAGCCUCCAAAAACUCAGCCGACAAUAUUCAACUGAUAAACAACAUACCGUACAAACCGAAUUUUUUUUUCUGUUAUCGCAUCAAAUUCCGUGAAUUUAUCUAUAGUUCCGGAUGUAUUUUGUAUUGCAUACCAUUUUUUUCGCACUACUUUUGUCACUAAAUGCUGAAACAUUCAUAGUUUUAUUGAAAAAAAAAAUGUUUCCUCAGUGUUUCCACAGCUUUUGUACUUUUUACCCAAUUGUUAAUUUUUCAAAUUUGUUCAAACAAACGCAACGUUUGUAUUUAAAAAAAAAUCUGUAUUUGCGUGUUUAAAAACUCUAAAUGUCGAAGUUUUACGAAUUGCUAAAGGCAAUUUACCUUUACAGCAAUAUUUUUACAAUCUUUUCAUAUGAAAUACUCCUUUUCGACUUAGAUAUUUUGUGAGAGACAUUCUGUGAAUUAUAUAUUGUUAUAAAAAUGAUGAAAAUAAACUAUUUUCGUAAAAAGUCUUUAAA